AUGGAGCCUGUGAUGCUGAACUUACGGAGUCUGUAUAAUCAACUUCUGCGCCAGGCUGAAGUUUUAAGUGAAGGAGACGAAUGCCAGUUUAUUCAGUUAGCGAAGAACUUUGAAGAGUAUCGGAGAAAACUGCAGAAAACGGAGCACGAGCUUGGCAGGUACAAAGAUCUGCUCAUGAAAACUGAAGCUGAGCGUAGUGCUUUGGACGUGAAGCUGAAACAUGCUCGCAAUCAAGUGGAUGUGGAGAUCAAACGAAGGCAGAAAGCUGAAACGGACUGUGAAAAGCUGGAGCGGCAAAUACAACUGAUCCGAGAGCUGCUCAUGUGUGAUGCGUCCGGGAGUAUCCAGCUAAGCGAAGAGCAGAAGUCUGCCCUCGCCUUCCUUAACAGGCCGCAGGUUUCCAUAGGGGGUUCAGGCAACAAAAGGCUGUCUACAAUAGAUGAAUCUGGCUCGAUUCUGUCAGACAUCAGCUUUGACAAGACCGAUGAGUCACUGGACUGGGAUUCCUCUGUGGUGAAAGCUGUCCGACUGAAAAGGAGAGAGAAGCGGCGGUCUUCCAGGCAGUUCAUUGAAGGCCCACCAGGUCCUCAGAAGAAAACCAGAUCAAUUGGCUCCACAGCGGACCAGGGAAAUGAAUCCAUAGUAGCAAAGACAACUCUCAUGGUCCCCAAUGAUGGUGGCCCAAUUGAGGCCAUCUCUACUAUCCAGACCGUGCCCUGCAGUCUGAGAAGCCGAAGGAAGAGUGGUCCUUUGCAGCCUUGGAGCAGCGAGUCAAGCAUAGGCAGUAAGCAGCUGGAACCCAAACUGGAGACUGAUGGCUCUGGCACCCCACAGAACACUGGGGGAGUGAGGCUGCAUGAGUUUGUUUCAAAAACGGUUAUCAAGCCAGAAUCAUGCGUUCCAUGUGGAAAGAGAGUAAAAUUUGGAAAAAUCUCUCUGAAGUGCAGAGACUGCCGCGUGGUCACUCAUCCAGAGUGUCGGGACCGCUGUCCUCUUCCCUGUAUCCCCACCUUGACAGGGACUCCUGUCCGGAUCGGAGAGGGGACCUUGAUGGACUUUGUCCCUUCUACUCCUCCAAUGAUCCCUUCCAUCAUAGUGCACUGCGUUAAUGAGAUCGAGCAGCGAGGGCUGCAUGAGACGGGCCUUUACCGGGUGUCUGGCUGUGACAAGACAGUGAGAGAACUGAAAGAGAAGUUUCUUAGAGCAAAAAAUAUUCCUUUGCUCAGUAAAGUGGAUGAUAUCCACGCCGUCUGCGGCCUUCUCAAAGACUUUCUACGCAGCCUGAAAGAACCUCUUCUCACUUUCCGGUUAAACAAGACUUUUAUGGAAGCUGCAGAAAUCUCAGAUGAGGACAACAGCAUUGCUGCUAUGUACCAAGCAGUUGGUGAACUUCCUCAGGCCAACAGGGACACCCUGGCUUUCCUCAUGAUCCACCUGCAGAGGGUGGCUCAGAGCCCGGAGACUAAAAUGGACAUUCCCAACUUGGCCAAAGUCUUUGGCCCCACAAUAGUUGCCCAUGCGGUACCUGAUCCCGACCCUAUGACGCUCCUGCAAGACACCAAGCGGCAGCCCAAGGUAGUGGAGCGACUUCUGCUGCUGCCUACGGACUACUGGAGCCAGCUGAUGAUGGUGGAGCAAGAAAACAUUGACCCAGCGCAUGUAAUCGAGAACACCAAUGCCUUCUCCACUCCACAGACACCAGAUGUCAAAGUGAGUAUGCUUGGACCUCUCACUACUCCGGAGCAGCAGCUCUCCAAGACGCCGUCAUCCAGCUCCCUGUCCCAGAGGGUCCGGUCUACCUUCAGCAAAACCACCCCCAAAUUUGGGAGCAAAAGCAAGUCAACAACCCAGCUUGGGCAUCAGGGCAACUUCUUUGCCUCUCCCAUGCUGAAGUGA